AGAAAAAGAAAAAAGGAGAGGGAUCGGCCGGGAUUUGGGUCUGCGUCUUGAGGCGAAGGAACCCUACCGAUCGAGGCGACGGGGUGACGGCGCACGAGCGGACGGACUCGGUGCCUCCGGCGACUAGUCCGAAGACGACGAAGGACUUCCCCCAGAUACUGCUGAGUGCAAGAUGAGCAGUAACCGUGGGAGGAGCCGUAGUCCAGUUGAAGUCAAGGAUGACCACUCUAAGGGGAGUGAGGGUUAUGGAAGGAAAGAGUACGUGAGAGAUCUACAGAAUGAUAGUCAAACCAGACCAGGCAGAGGUCAUGAAUUUGUUAGGCAUUCCUACGGAGCAUCACGUGAAUCCAGGAGGCAUGAUGAUUAUAGGAGGUAUCAUGAUAAACGUGCUGAUGAUGAAAGGAGCCGUCCUAGAACUUCUCGGCCAGAUCGGGAGUCAAGGGCUGACACUUACUAUGAUCAUUCAAAGCGUGAUGGCACAUCUGAUAGAUCACAUGGUGAUUGGAGAAAUGCCGACAGCAGGUAUGGGGAUAAAUCUGUUAAGCGAGAGCAGAGGAGUAAGAAUCAGGAAAAACAUGAGUCCCCACGUGAAUACCAUAGACAUGAUGUCGCAGAGUACGAGAAAGAUGCUAAUUUAAGAAAGGAAACCCACUCUUCCAGAAGGUAUCCAGAAGAAAGUGAAAGUAAAAACAAGGAAAAGUUCAAGCAGGACGAGGCUGUAAAGAAGAGAAGUGGCAAGGAAAUUGAGAAAAGCAGCUGCGCAGCAGAACCUGAGUUAGAAACUAGGCAGAAGAGAAGAAGCUUAUUCAGUUCUGUUGGUCCAGAUGUUGAAAAUGAACAGCACAAGGAAAUGGAUACUUCAGGAGGAAUUAAAGAGGAAACCAUGAAUGAUCUGAAUGCAGCAAAAGUUGCAGCAAUGAAAGCUGCUGAAUUAGUGAAUAAGAACAUUGUAGGAUUUGGAGUCGGAACUGGGCGGCUAUCCACUGACCAGAAGAAGAAGCUGCUCUGGGGUAACAAAAAGAGUAACCCUCCAGAGACAAGUACUCACUGGGACUCAAAUCUGUUUUCUGAUCGGGAGCGCCAAGAGAAAUUCAACAAACUCAUGAGUCUGAGGAUGCCUUGGCCUAAUGCAGGGUGUGAAGAGCAAUGCCUCUGCCUCAGUUCAAGAGAGCAAGGCUGGCAACGAGGAGGGUCCGGCGGAAGUCAAGAAACAAGAGGAACUCGACACCGACCUGGAGAAACUCUAUGUAGCAGGCCUGCGCCGGAGAGAUGGCCGAACCGUUGGUCUCGGCCUGUAGGGAACUCUGCCUGCAAGUGUCAAGUGCCUCCGAUGUACACGCUUCGUUGGCUUUGGCUGCCUGUUUUGCAUCGACUGUAGAAACGUGUUAUUAUAUUGUCAUCGUGUGUCUCAUAAACAGUUUAUGUCUGCUUGACACUUGUAUCUUCUCACCCGGGAGGACUUGUGCACUUAGAUGUCUGCUUUGCUUGCCCUUUGAUGUCAA